AUGGCAUGGUUUUCUCGCCCUGGGAGACCUUGUGAUGCCUGCCGCAAGCGGAAGAUAAGGUGUCUGGUGUCUGAUUCAACCCGCGAUUGCGUCCUGUGCCGGUCUCAGGGCCAGCAAUGCGCCUUCGUGGAGGCGCCUCCCAAGAAGAAACGGAAGCAGACCGAUGUGGAGUCCCCGGAGGAGGCUGCUGUCUCCUCGGUAUCGCCAGCAGGGACCCAGAAGGAACCAUUGCACGAUUACUCGAAAUUCCCAGAAGCGUCUUUGCUAAGUCAGACGCUUGGACAUCAACCCUUUCGAACCAACUCAUACAUUGGCGCCACGUCUUCUCCAAGCCGUCUACUACUUGAACUUCCGGGUACCUCUGAGCUAGGCAAAUAUCGAGCAUCAGUCUCUGGUUCCGAAGUCCGUCGCGUCAGCCAGGAUGGCUAUUUCCUGAUGCUGCAGGACGAUCAGAGUGCUAUCAAAGAGCAGCUUGAGGUCCUCGACAAAAUCGAGGCUGCAAUAUCACCACAUGGUCCAGCUCUGGUGGAACUGUACUUUCGUAUCGUCCACCCUAGCUUCCCGAUUCUGCACAAAGAUGUGUUUCUGGUGAAGUACGGUCGCUCAUAUCGGGAACUUACACCGGCAUGUUUAGCCGCCGUUUACAUGUUGGCAUUGAACUGGUGGUCCUAUAGCGUUGACCUUGCUGAUUUUGUGAGGCCUGAUGUCUCGGACCUUGAACAGCUUGUCCCAUGCCUCAUGGCGUUCGAUAAGGCCGCAAAAGUGUCUGAUAUACAGGCUGGCUUACUGUUCCUGCAGCGACCCAGACGCGAUUCUUGGAGAUUGACUGCUCAACUAGUUGCUACGGCCGAAGAAGUUGGUUUGCACCGCGAUUGCACCGCUUGGCAAAUCCCCGACUGGGAGAAGGGCGUCCGCAGACGCCUGGCCUGGGCUCUUUUCAUGCAGGACAAGUGGGGAGCUCUCGUUCAUGGACGUCCCUCGCACAUCAAGGCGGAUAAUUGGGAAGUCUUCCCCCUCGAACACGAAGACUUCCCAGAGAAUGUUGAAGAGGACCACGUCGAACAGGGGAGCUCCGAGGUAGAGAAAGGCAUUCUGAUCUUCAUACAUCUCUCGACACUAACACAAAUACUCUCCGAUGUUAUUGACGAGCUGUUUACCGUGCAAGCCAGCAAGAGACAUGACAGUACAGUUGCUCUACUGCAAACAGCGAAGCCUAUCCAACUACGACUGAAGUCUUGGUACAACAGUCUUCCUUCUUGUUUAGAACUCGGCACUACCACAUCAAGAAAACUGUCAGCCACAGGUCAGCUUUAUCUUGCCUAUCUAACGGUGGAAGUGACUCUCCACCGAGCGAUCGUCGAGUCGGAGGUGAAGAAACCACUAGAUGCUGGUCUGCGGCAGAUCACACGAGAAGCCGCAAUCAUGAGAUUCAAAUCCGUUGUCGACUUUUUGAAACGGCUCAAGCCUGAGCAUAUGCAAGGAUUCUGGCAUUUCGCAUCGGGGUCUUGCUUGGCCAUUAUCGGCACAUUUUCGCUGGUGCUUCUUGCAACAAGCACUGAUCCGGGCGAGUCAAAAGCUAUCUAUUCUCAGAUUGCUGAGUUUCGAUGGUUGCUCAAUAUCAAUGGACCCGGCGCUGGCUUCACAAAACCCGCGGUGGAUCUCCUCCAGUCGAAUGCGGGUUUCCUCGCAACAUAUCGCCCUCAAGCUCCUACCAAGGUCAUCCCCGGGAACAUUUCAGAUCGAGCAGAUCAAUCCGCGGAUGAGAUCCUCACGACCGCCCUGUCAAACACUGGAAGGCAGGAUGAGGGUGAGAGCAACUCAGCAAAUACGCAAGCAUUCGAAAACAUCUCUGAAGACUUCCAGGCCUUACCGUCAGGCAUUAGUUUUAGCCCGAACCAGGCAUGGCUCUACGACUUCGAUGAUCUUGUCUCCCAGGCCUGUUCUACGUAG